CCAUACGCUGUGGCGCGUCAGGAUGUUCUUAUGACUGAUGCCGAGCACGGUAUAGAAACACGUUAUAUAUUUACAACAGUGUUACUUUGCCAUCCACGGGUCUGGAAGACAUCCGCUGAUAUACUGUAUUGUGCUAUAUAAAUUCAACAUUUUUUUUUUCAAGUUGCUAUUGGAUUUAACAUAGAUCCAUUAUUUCAUAACCCACGGCUUUCCCAAACACCGGUGUGACGCAUUAGUCCGUGUUAAAGGUGUUACAGGAAGCGCGUUGUUUCUUAUACCAAGCAAAUAAAUACUGGAUAAAACACACAAUUUGUUUCCAGCGUGUUACACUUUGCUGACAAGCAUAAUUUCACUGAAUAUGGCUUUUCAUAUGUCAUCGAGUUUGCAUAUUAAUCUACUUUGCGUUUUGACUUUACUGAGUGUAUUGAUAGUGACAUUAAACUCACAGAGAACGUAUCAAUAUUCCCCUGUAUAUACAAGAACUACGACAGUAAGAUAUAAUAUUUGUGGCGGUCGAUGCUGCACAGGUUGGCAGUAUGACCCGUCGACGGGGUCAUGUACAAAACCCUUGUGUGUUCCGUAUUGUAAAAAUGGUGGAACUUGUUUACGUCCUAACUACUGCAGCUGUCCGUCGGGAUAUGUUGGAAGUUAUUGCGAAAGACAGACAUCAUCGGUGUCAUCGACGAGGACUUACUCACAACCGGUGGGCGGAUACAGGCAGUUAUCUGUGUACCGUACGUCGUGGAAUUACAACAGAGGUACACAAAUAUCAUCACGAUAUCAGUCACAGCCGACCGCCCCCGGUCCGUGCUAUAGAAGAAUCACCGGCAGUCACUGUGCUGCGCCCCUUACAGACAUGACCACAACUAUGGACGACUGCUGUAAUUCCUUGGGCAUGGCUUUUGGAUCACCAUGUAGAAGUUGCACCUCUUUUUACAGUCAAGUCCAUAACUGUCCAAAAGGCUUCAAGUCUGACACCCAUAGAAGAUGUAUUGAUGUGAACGAAUGCACUAGCUUCGAGAACCUGUGUAUGCACGGGCUGUGUAUUAAUACUCUUGGAAGUUAUCGUUGCGAUUGUAACUACGGCUACGUUAGGGAUUCGUCGAACACGCAGUGCAUUAGGCAAAAGCAUGGAAAGUGCUUUACGAAAGAAGGUUGUGUGUCAGAUAGUUUAUCAGGAUUUAUGUCCGAGAUGGAGUGUUGCUGUAGUGGAAUCGGCAAAUCCUGGGGAGACCAAUGCCAUGCAUGUCCUGCUGAAGAUAUAAUGGAAUACCGUGCCCUGUGCCCACAAGGCAAGGGGUUCAAAUAUUUACCAGCAGAGGUUCCCGAUGACAGUGAUACGACGGUUGCUGAUUCAAGUAGCCUGACGAUGUGUGAAAGGUUUAGCAACCUGUGUACAAAUGGUCAAUGCGUCGACACAGACCAGAGGACCUACAGAUGUACAUGCAAUGCAGGGUAUACUACAUCCAGUGAUGGUCGUGCAUGUGAGGCUGAAACUAUUGACCAAUGCGACACGAACCGUAACCUAUGCACCAAUGGCCGAUGCAUUAACCUAAGUCGUGGAUACCGAUGCAUAUGUAACAAUGGAUACACACCUUCAAGUAAUGGCGAGGCAUGUAUCACUGAACCAAUUGAUGAAUGCACAGCAAACCCUAAUCUUUGCACAAAUGGACGAUGCAGUAACCUAAGUACGGGCUACCAAUGCGUGUGUAAUGAUGGAUACAAACUCACGAGUAAUGGCGCUGCCUGUAUUGCAAUCGAUCACUGCUCAACAAACAAUAGUCUAUGUGCUAAUGGGCGAUGCGUGAGUUUAAGUACCAGCUACCGAUGUAUAUGUAAUGAUGGAUACCGGCCCACAAGUAAUUUCGCUGCCUGUAUUGCUGAAGCAAUCAAUCACUGUAGACCACACCCUAAAGAGUGUGCAGGGGGGGCGUGCAUCAACUUAAGUACGGGCUACCAAUGCAUAUGUAGAGACGGAUACCGGCUCAUAAGGAAUGGCACUCUUUGUAUGCGUAAGGCAUGCCUGUAUUGUUUUAUCAUGUAUAAGUCAGUUGGUGAACAUCGUACGUAUUUUGUCUUUACCAUGAAGAAAAACCCAGAUAUAUUAAAAUAUUAUAAUUUAUACUUAAUUAUAUUUGCAGCUGACGAUAGCAUCAAUCACUGUAAUAUAAACCCUAAUCGGUGUACUAAUGGGCGAUGCAUCAGCGUAGCUACAAGUGCGGGCUACCGAUGCAUAUGUAACAACGGGUACCAGCCCACAAGUAAUCCUGAUGUCUGUAUUGCUAAACCAAUCGAUAAAUGUUCAACAAACAGAAAUCUCUGUGCUAAUGGUCGCUGUGUCAGCUUGGGUACUGGUUAUAGGUGUAUAUGUAACCCUGGAUACCUACCCACACGUAAUAAUGCUGCCUGUAUUGCUGAACCAAUGAAUAAAUGUGCAACAGACAGUAAUAUUUGUGCCAAUGGCCGAUGCGUUAACUUAAGUCGGGGCUACCAAUGCAUAUGUAACAGUGGAUACACGCCCACAAGUGACGGUUCUGCGUGUAUCUCUGAAGCAGCUAACAAGUGUACAGCUAAUGCUUGUGCAAAUGGCCGAUGUGUAAAUCAAGAUACAGGGUAUCAAUGCAUAUGUAAUAGGGGAUUCCAUGCAGGUCCAAAUGCUGCUUCCUGUGUUGAUGUAAAUGAAUGUGGUAUGAAUAAUGGGCGAGCUGUUUGCAUACAUGGUACUUGUACCAACAUACCAGGAAGCUAUCGAUGCGAUUGUGGGAAAGGCAUGGUGCAUCGUGGGAACCAUUGUAUAGAUGUUGAUGAGUGUAAAAAGGGAGAUGUCUGUAAAGGGUUCCCAUGCAUUAACACUCUACGUAGCUAUGUUUGUAUGAAACCUAAUUGUGAGACUGGCUAUACCAUUAAAGAUGGCAAAUGUGUUGACGAGGAUGAAUGCCAAGGAACAGGUAACCUUUGCCCUAACGGACGAUGUGUCAAUGACGAUGGAUCGUACCAUUGUGAAUGUAAUGAUGGAUUUGUGGCCAUCAACCAACGACAAUGUCAAGAUGUUAAUGAGUGCGCAACUGACAGUGACCUGUGCGGUAAGGAAGCCAAUUGUGUCAACAGUCAAGGGUCAUACAGAUGCAUCUGUUCCAACAAUCAGCAAUUUGAUGUUCAGUCAAAGAAAUGUCAUUCUUUAGACUCUGAGGAACGCAAGAUGUGUUUUGCCGACAUAACAGACGCAGAGUUAUGCGAUCAGGUGAUUAGCAGCAACGCAACACGUCAAGAAUGCUGUUGUACUAUUGGAACUGGUUGGGGCGACGACUGCGAAUUCUGGCUUUGUCCUUUGUCAAACACCGCUGAGUUCCAAAAGAUAUGCCCGAAUGGACGUGGUAGGAAGACUGUGGUUAGCCAAGAAAGAAAGGAUCCCAAUGACAUCUCUAUAUUUCUCGACAGCAAGACAGCUGCACGAGGUAAUCCUCAGUACAUAUCAGAAGAAGGUGUUGAUGAGUGCAAGACUUUCCCAUCAAUCUGUGGUACGGGUAUCUGCAUAGACACGCCCCUUAGCUACCGCUGUACCUGUCCUGCCUCCUACUACUUCGACUUAAAACGAAGAGUGUGCUUACAGGAAAAUGAGUGCAUUAAGUACCGAGGUAUCUGCGGUAACGGAACUUGUAUUAACACUGACACAAGUUUCGAAUGUAAAUGCCCACCAAAUUACACCUUUGAUAUUGAUGAUAGAAUGUGCAAAGCUGAGGACCUGUGUGCGACUACCGAUCAAAAAUGUGGAGAUGCGGAAUGCGUUGUUAACAACGGCGUCGUUACAUGCGAGUGCCCGUCUGGCUACAGACAUAACAACGUACUAGCUUCUUGCCAAGAUGUGAAUGAGUGUGUGGAGCUACCUACGACCUGUGGUAAUGGUACUUGUAUAAACGCACCUGGAGGCUACCAGUGCAUUUGCCCGCAAUUUCAUAAAUACAACGCGCAGAUUGCCGGAUGCGAAGUUACGGAUUUCUGUGCAGCGAACCGUGAAGCUUGUGGGUCUGCCAUAUGUAAGAAUUAUCCAGAUGGUGCCGGUUAUGUAUGCCUGUGUCCUGCUAACUUUUUCUACAAUACAACAGAACGCGCAUGUCAGAGCAAUGAUAUUUGUGUUCGAUCUCGUUUGCACUGCGGUAACGGAACAUGUCAUGAAGCAUACGGUAAACCAGUAUGUGUUUGUCCAAACGGAUACAAUUUUAAUAGCGUGCGCAGAUCAUGUGAUGUUGACAAUGAAUGCGUAGUGUAUCCUGACAUUUGCGGGAAUGGUACUUGUGUGACGUUGCAAUCUGGUCACAGAUGUGAAUGUCCACCUGCUUACGAGUUUGAGUCUAUCUCUGAAAACUGUUUACGAGUUGACCAAUGUUUGAAGCUAGAUGGUGUCUGUGGUAAUGGAACGUGUGUGGAUGUGGACGGUAUUAUUGAUUGCACAUGUCCUGAAGGCUAUGAAUUUGACGUUCAACUUGAAUCUUGUAUUGGAAUUGGUCUGUGCAAGUUGUAUCCAUACACAUGCGGAAAUGCCACCUGCUUAGACGAAAAUGGAAAGAUAGUAUGUGUAUGCCCAGAACACUACGAGUUUGACACAAUCUCCAACGUAUGUGUCGCAUCUAAUGAGUGUUUUCUGUAUCCAGAGAUUUGUGGCAAUGGAACUUGUGUUGAUCUGGUUGAUGGAUACCAGUGUCGCUGUAACAUUGGAUAUGAUUUUGAAUAUGACACCAAAUCAUGCAUAAGAGCUAGUAUUUGUGAUAAAGUACCAGGUAUAUGUGGUGGUAAUGCCACAUGUCAAGAUACUAUACAUGGACAUCGUUGUCUUUGUCCUGAGUACUCAUUCUAUGAUACCAAUGAUCAGGUUUGUAAAGAGGAAGAACCAUAUGAUGCGUGUACACAAAUACCAGAUGCGUGUGGUGCCGGUGCUACGUGUGCGGCCUCCGAUGGUCUUAUAACUUGCAUCUGCCCUAUGGAUCAGGAAUAUGAUAUUACCUCUAGGAUAUGUGUUAAAAAUCUUCAUUCCUGUACAUUAUUUCCGGAAAUAUGUGGGAAUGGUACAUGUGUCGUCCGUGGAAUUAGAGAUUUUACCUGUGAAUGUCCUCCUGGUUUCUCCUUCCAGAGCUCGGAAAAUAUUUCUUCAACAGCAGCUCUGACACAGACAGUAAAUGAGUGUCAGAUACAGGGAGUCUGUUUGAAUGGGGUGUGUUUUGACUUACCUAAUGGAUAUAGGUGUGAUUGCAAAGAAGGCUUUGUUAAAGAAGGUGACGAAUGUAAAGAUGUGAACGAGUGCGAAAAUGCGGAAAUUUGUCAGUUUGGGACGUGUGUUAAUGGUCUUGGGACAUUCUGGUGUGAGUGCACACCCCCUUUGCAAUUAGACAGUACACAACGAAGAUGUAUAGAAUUUAUUGGUCAACCAGGUGGACCUGGUAUGAGUGGCUCCACUCAUGAGGAGCGUCGAGGGUCCUGUUGGUCAUCUUCCAACUGCCGAGAUUCACAGGGAUCAUCACAGACGUACACAGAAUGUUGCUGUGGGAGUGGGGUCAGCUGGGGGGAUAUCUGUGACCCUUGCCCACUGAAGGGUUCAAUUAGUUAUAAUAUCAUUUGCCAAGUCCCGAGUGGAUUGGAUGCUUAUGCAGAAUUCUACGGGUUAACAGGACUCGUUGAGAAGGACAGUGCUCCGCCAUUAGUAAAUACAACAACUGAUAUUCCAACGCUUCCUACAGCAACUGAUAAUCCAACGCUAAAUCCUGUAUCAACAAGUGCACCGUCUAGGGAUGCAUCGAUAGGCUACUGUGAAAGUCAUAGUACGAAUCUUUGUCCAAAUGGCCAAUGUGUGAACAGAAAUAACUCAUAUACUUGUAUUUGUAACGACGGAUAUAAGUUAAAUAAGAAGAAACGAUGCAGACCUAGGAAACAGUGA